CCGAGACCCGCCGGCACCACGACGACGACGAUGCCGCUGCAGAACGGCGCGCGCGCGGCGGCGGCGGAGGCGGAGGCGCAGGGGAAGGCGGCGGCGGCGGGGCCGCGGCGUCCCGGAGCGGCGGUGGUGGUCCUGCUGCUGCUCCGCGUGGCCGCGCUGUGCACCUCCGCGGCGGCCGCGGCGCUCGCGGCCACCGGCGGCGCCGCGCUCCUCGGCCGCGCGCCGUUCCGGCUCCUGCUGGCGGCCGACGCCAUCGUGGCCGCCUACUCGGCGUUCGAGGCGGUCGCCGCGGCGCUGGAGGCGGCCGGGGGCGCCACGCUGCUCCCCGAGCCCGUGCAGCUCUGGUUCGACUUCGGCCACGACCAGGGGUUCGGCUACAUGGCGCUGGCGGCCGCGGCCGUCGCGGCGCGGGACGCGGCGUCGUGCGGCGGCGGGGGGCGGGAGUGGGGGAGCGUCGGCGCCGGCGCCGCGACGUGCGCGCGCGCCGACGUCGCGGUGGGGCUCGGGUUCGCGGCGUUCGCGUUCCUGGCGCUCGCCGCGCUCCUGACCGGCUUCCGGGUCGCCUGCUUCCUCGCCACCGGCUCACGGUUCACGCCGCCGCCGUCCUCCUAUUAAUCGGCUGACCCGGCCAGCGGCUGAUGGCUAGAGUAGCCUGCCGUGUGGGCGGCGUGCUCUGUGUGUGUGAACGGCGAGUGCUGGAGCGGGCUUUGGCAGCAGAGUGCAUCAAUGCAAGCAGACUAGCAGAGUGUUGGGUUGGUAUUAGUGGUAGCAUUAGUAAAUCUGAGCGCGUGUAAAAAUCUGUUUCAGCCGUACACGUACGUACUUGUGGUCUUGUGUGUAUGCAAUGCACGUACGUACGACUGUGUAGUUUUUCAUGAAAAUGUGUGGUGAGAGCAGUGUCAA